AUGGAGAAGUUCCGUCCGAGCUUCUUAUGGCGCAUGUACCACACCGUGUCCUUGGCCGGCCACCACCAGCUGCUUCGGAGAGUUUAUUUGCCUAAGGUGACCGCCAUCGCGAGCCGGCUAAAAACGACCGACACGGCAGCAAGGAAUCUGGAUAACUUCAAUCAAGAAACGCUGGAAAUGUGCGGCAAGGAGGCAGAGUUCAAGGCAAUUUUGUUUUCACUCUGUUACUUCCAUGCCGUUGUUGCCGAGCGUAUGAAAUUCGGACCCCAGGGUUGGAAUCGCGUCUAUCCGUUCAACGUCGGUGAUCUGACUAUCAGCGUUUAUGUGCUCUACAAUUAUUUGGAGGCAAAUAAUCGGGUACCAUGGGAAGAUCUGAGGUAUCUAUUUGGAGAGAUUAUGUACGGAGGUCACAUCACCGACGAUUGGGAUCGACGUUUGUGUCGUACAUAUCUUGAGGAACUUAUGCAACCGGAGCUGGUAGACGGUGAUCUAAACUUGUGCACAGGAUUCCCAGCACCCCCUAAUUUAGAUUAUAUUGGCUACCAUAACUAUAUCGACGACAACCUACCCCCAGAGUCACCUUAUCUGUACGGACUUCACCCGAAUGCUGAAAUCGGUUUCCUUACUACUCUAUCGGAGCAGUGUUUCAAAACGAUCUUCGAACUACAGCCAAGAGAUUCUGGCGCCAGCAGCGGAGCCUCUGUUAGUCGAGAAGACGUUGUAAGGACCAUUAUCGAAGACUUUUCGGACAAACUUCCUGAAGGAUUCAACAUGGCCGAAUUGAUGGCUCGCGUUGAAGAUCGUACUCCUUUCAUCAUUGUUGCGUUCCAGGAGUGCGAACGAAUGAACACUCUCGUGCAAGAGAUGAGACGAACAAUGCGAGAACUUAUGCUGGGACUCAAAGGUGAACUCACUAUUACAUCUGACAUGGAAGCUCUUGAGGAAUCACUGUUCUUCGACCAUGUUCCGGCUAGUUGGACUAAGCGAGCCUACCCUUCAAUGUGCGGAUUACAGGCGUGGUUCGCUGAUUUACUGAUACGUAUUAAGGAACUGGAAUCCUGGUCCAAUGAUUUCAAUCUUCCAUCGUCGGUUUGGUUAGCUGGUUUCUUCAAUCCUCAAAGUUUCCUGACAGCUAUCAUGCAACAAACUGCUCGUAAAAACGAAUGGCCCUUGGAUAAAAUGUGUUUGAGCUGUGAUGUUUCGAAAAAAUGGAAAGAAGACAUUACGGCCGCACCGAGAGAAGGGGCGUACGUUAAUGGACUUUUCAUGGAAGGGGCCCGUUGGGAUAUGCAGAUCGGAUCGAUUGCUAGCUCCCGCCUUAAGGAACUGUUCCCCCAGAUGCCUGUGAUUUUUAUAAAAGCGAUCACACAAGACAAACAAGAGACUAAGAAUAUAUACGAAUGUCCGGUUUAUAAAACCAGAGAUCGUGGCCCCACAUACGUAUGGACUUUCAACUUGAAGUCGAAAGAAAAACCAGCAAAAUGGACUCUUGGCGGUGUAGCGUUGUUGUUGCAAGUUUGAAAUAGAUUUUGCUUGUUUGGUUUUGUAAUGUGUGUUACAUAUUUACCUAUGCGUAGUGUUAUUAAUGAAUUACAGGAUUUCAUAGAGUUACAAAA